CGCCACCGAGCGGACGGAGUGGAGAGACCACCACAAGGACCUAGUGUGCGUUUGGGCGGCCAAGUCAGUAGGAAAGUUUAGAUAAAGAUUUAUUACAGGAAUUGAGAUGUAAAACGCUGCGACAGACACCCACCAAAGGAAAAAAGCGCUUCAUGCUUAAAACGCCGGUUUGUUUGGCGGUUGAGACUCCGCCGUGGAGACGGGCUGGAGUUCAGCUUGUGAGAAAUAAGUAAAUGACACCGUCUUAUCUGUAUGUCCAGCUCAAAUUUAGCUGUACAAACUCAUCAGAAGGCGAACAUCUGACAGCUGAAAUAAGGAAAGAUCGAUUUGUCUUUUGGUACUUUCCUCACUUCUUGGACACAAACGAAUUAAAACAUGGGGAAGAAGAAAACUCACGACUGCUCUGAGUGUGGAAAGAGCUUUGCUCAGAGGAGGUACCUCCAACAACACGAGCGCAUUCACACUGGAGAGAAGCCGUAUGACUGCUCAGAGUGCGGGAAAAGCUUUAGAGACAAAGGGGCUCUUAAAGUACACCAGCGCAUUCACACAGGAGAGAAGCCGUAUGAGUGCUCGAAGUGUGGGAAUCAUUUUAAUACACGUAGUGGUCUCCGAAUGCACCAGUACCUUCACACAGGAAAGAAGCCGCACGACUGCUGGCAGUGCGAAAAGAGUUUUGCGUCUAAAGAAAGACUCCAAGUACACCUGCGCACUCACACUGGAGAGAAGCCGUACGAGUGCUCGGAGUGCGGGAAGGGUUUUGUUCAGCAAUAUGGUCUAAAUAAUCACCAGCGCAUUCACACAGGAGAAAAGCCGUAUGACUGCUCAGAGUGUGGGAAGAGCUUUAGCGACAAACGCGGUCUCAAACUACACCGGCGCAUUCACACAGGAGAAAAGCCGUACGAGUGCUCAGAGUGUGGGAAGAGCUUUAGCGACAGAGGCGUUCUGAAAAUACACCAGCGCGUUCACACUGGAGAAAAGCCGUACGAGUGCUCGGAGUGUGGGAAGAGCUUCGCUCAACAGAGUGGUCUAAAAACACACCAGCGCAUUCACACAGGAGUGAAGCCGUAUUAUUGCUCACAGUGCGGGAAGUGUUUUACUUUCCGCAGGAGUCUCCAGAUACACCAGCGCACUCACACGAACGAGAAGCCGUACAACUGCUCACAGUGCGGGAAGAGUUUUGCUUAUAAGAGCGCACACACUCUCCACCAGCGCGUUCACACCGGACAGAAACCGUAUUUCUGCUCAGAGUGUGGGAAGAGUUUUAGUCAGCGAGUUCAUCUUACGGUACACCAGCGCAUUCACACCGGAGAAAAGCCGUAUGAGUGCUCCGAGUGUGGGAAAAGUUUUACUGAAAAGAAGAGUGUCAAAAUACACCAGCGCAUUCACACAGGAGAGAAGCCGUACAAAUGCUCGCAGUGCGAGGCGAGUUUUACUCACAUAGGUUCUCUUAAAAGUCACCUGCGCACUCACACAGGAGAGAAACCGUAUUCCUGCUCAGAGUGUGGGAAGGGCUUUGCUCAACAAAGUAGUCUCAGACAACACGAGCGCGUUCACACCGGAGAGAAGCCGUAUCAGUGCUCACAGUGCGGGAAGAGUUUUUCUCAGCGGGGUAGUCUCCAAGUACAUCAGCGCAUUCACACCGGACUGAAGCCUUACGAGUGCUCACAGUGUGGAAAGUGUUUUACUCAACAGAGUGCUCUCACUGUACACCAGCUCUCUCACAAUAAGGUGUAAUCACUUGUUUUUUGAGACUGUGGGGAUGAAUGGAAUAGCAGAGGCCUUUGCUUGGACCUGGUGGUGCUGACGUGAUGGUAUGUUUGUUAUAGCCUAUUUGUUUUGUUAUUCACUUUGUGUUUUUAUGCAUCAUGGUCACAGUGUUCCAAACUGCUCGAUACUGACAUAAAACAUCAUGUUCCGUAAAGCUCUGUCUCUGGCUGGACGUAAUGCACGUGCAGACAUUUUUGGGUUGUGUGAACAGAAAUCGAACUAACCCUGUCUUUAAACCCCAUCUUUAAACAAAAAGCAUAAUACAAAAUUACAAAAUCACUAUUUACCGUUCUGCAAAAUAAAACGAAAAGAAUAACAGCUAUUUACAUCAGAACUACAAGCACAUUUUUGUGCACGAGAGCAACUGGGCUACUGAAUUUCCAUUAGAGUUGAGUUAUGGCAACAU